GUCAGGGAGUGCUGGGAAAUGUUUGAGCUGCUGGAGAAAGAAAUGUGCCGUCAGAGUUGGCAAUGUCCAUUUUUUCCUCUCAAGGUACAGAUAUGACCAAACCCUGCGUAUUUUUCUGGAAACAGUUUAUAAGAAAGAGACAUUCGAGUUCUGUCUAGAAUGGCGGAACUACUGAAAAAGGGAGAUGAACUUGGACGUGUCUUAGUUCAGGUGCAAGAUGACCUGAAGCAACUGAAACGGAGCAUUCAUCAAAUUUCCAUUCAAGAAGGAGUGCAGAAUUUGGACGUACACGCAUUGGAGACAGCCAUUCACAGAACUGAAUGUGGAAUACAAAGGCAUGCUGAAGAUUAUUUGAAGUCCAUAAAUAAGCAUAUUGUGACGUUACCUUGCAUCAAGAAUCCAGAAACAAACCUUGUCCAGAUACCACAAUGGCGCCCCCCCUUUGGAGAUUUACCAGACAGGCGUCUUGAAAAGAGCAGAAAUGCAGAGCCAUCACCCGGGCAGAAGCACAAGGCCACCCUUACACUACGGCUGCUGUCUAACCCGACCCAUCCAAAGAUCAGAGACGUGAUGUGCCAGAGCUACGGCAUCCAGUUUCCAGAUCUGCCAAAGAGACAGCCAAACACGGUGUCCUUGCAAAAGGUCGUCACCGGUCGAGCUGUUGGGGCGUUGGCGAUCAUGCCAAGUCUGCGGAACAACUUCUUCCUGGCACCCCCGCUGUCAGAGCAGGACAUGAAAGCUGGGUUGGCCAGUCUCCUGGAGAAGCCCAGUGAUUUGAGUCUGGUAGAGGCUGCAGUGCUUCCUAAAGCUGCCCCACUCCACCUGAGAGAGGACUCCAGCCUCCACAAAAUGGGCGGUUCAGAGAAGUCUAGAAGGCGGGCUAGAGAGGUGGCGCGAAGCAAAGAUGAGGACCAGGUGACCAUGACGCCCCCUCCCUCUGCGUCCUCCAAGGCCUCCGAUAAAGGCUCAGAGACGCGCAUGAGAACGCGACCCAUUCCCCCCUCCAUGCAGUCGAUCCUGGCGCCGGUGGCCACCCCCCACAGGCUCUUCCCCUUCGUGAUCCUGGAGGGCCAGCUGGACGUGGGGGCGUCCGACUUCCUGCGCUUCCGGCAGCACUACUGCAUGUGCAGCCGGGGCGGCGCCCAGCUGGAGGCGGCGCUGGACCAACUGCAGAGCCUGCUGCGGCGCUUCAGGGUGCCCAUGGCGCUGGUCAGCGGAGAGCGGCUGGUGGAGCUGCUGCGGAGCGGCGCGCUGGAGGGCAGGGCUGGCAGCGCCGGUGGCGGUCACGGGGCGGCGGUGCCGGUGGACGGGCACGGCUGCAAGCCGAGCGCGCUGGAGAUGCGCCUCCUCCAGACCCUGGAGAACCGCGAGGAGGUGGAGGAGGUGAUGGGCCGGCCGGGGAGGCGCUACCGGGGGGAGGGGGCCACGGAGGCGGCCGCCGUGCGCAUUCAGGCCUGCUGGCGGCGCCACCGGGCUCGCUCUGCCUACCUGGUGUGGCGGCGACGCUGGCUGGCGGCAGGUACCAUCGCCAUCACCUGGCUCAUGCACGCUCAGCUCAGCCGCGUACGCCGGGCUCUGCAGGCCAGACGCCAGCACUGCCUACACAACUGCCAGCUCAGGGCAAAGUACCUGGCAGACAACUGGAAGCGCAUCAGCAGUUCUGCGAGAACCAUCAUACACCUGCCAUCUUUAGGUUUCUCCCAGGAGCAACGCUUCAGUCUGUGGGGCUUAUUUGACAUCAUGCAGAACAGUCAGAUGGGCCGUCUGUGCGAUGUCUUUGAUGAGGAUGUGCAUGUGAUCUACCUGGCCCCUAAGCCAGUGGGUGAGGAUCUGUCUGAGUACUACACGCAGCUGCUGGCCAUGAGGAAGGCAGUGCAGCAGGGGAACCAGUACGCCCCCCCAGACCCCUGCUACAAACGCGUCACCAUCCUCACGCCCGAGGCCUGGCAGUACUUCCCAACCCACCACAUGUGCCUGUCCACCAUCCUGUGGCACAGCCCGCGUGCGCUGCGGCGUAUCCGCCAGCUGAUUGCGGGACGGGAGGCCUACAUUGUGGCCGGCGUGCCCCACCCAGACGACCUGCUGGUGGCGGAGGCGCUGAACGUGCCCAUCCUGGGCCCGGAGCCCUCCGUGGCACAGCUGUACGGCACCAAGUCCGGGGGGCGGCGAGUAUUCACCAGCGCCGGGGUGCCCGUGCCGCCCGGGCAGAGGGAUAUCUACACCCUGCAGCAGCUGCAUGAGACGCUGGCAGACCUGAUGACUAAGCACCUGCAUGUCCAGCGCUGGCUCUUCAAGGUGGACGGCGAGCUGUGCGGGCGCGGCACGGCCUACUGCAAUAUAUGCCACCUGCCCAGCCUGGCAUGGGCACAGCAGCGCCGGGCAAGCCACCAGCCCCAGCACUGGGACACAGAGUGGGCAAAGGAGGAGGUUCUGAUUCGGUUCCUGGAGGAGGUUCCUCAGCUCCUGGCUAAGCAUGCCAAACCCACACACCCCGACAUCUUCCCCACCUGGGACAAGUUCCUGAGCCACUUCCUGCGAUACGGUGGUGUAGUGGAGGCGUACCCUCCGUCGGACAGCGUGACGUGUCUGUCAGUGGACAUGCUAGUGGAGCCGGGGGCGGGUGCGGGGGAGGGGGAGGUGCGCGUGCUGAGCUGCGGUGACCAGCUGCACGGCCCCACUGGACUGGAGGUGCUGGGCUGGUCCGUUCCCCAGACCUCCGUCUGCCCAGACACCUUGCACCAGCUCUGCACCCGCGUGGGACACGCCUGCCGGGAAAGGGGCAUCCUGGGAUACCUCUCCAUAGACCUGGUCACCUUCGUCCACCCCGAAUCCAACCAACAGCAGGUGUGGGCCGUUGAUCUGGACCUGGGAUACAGUAACCAGCUGUCCCUGACUGAGCUGACGCUGGCCAUGUCCGGGGCCACGCUGGACUGCCGCACCAGCCGUCUGGAGGUGCCUGCACCCGCCAUCCAGAAGCCCAGCACGCGCCGCAAGACACUGUCCCAAACCCUCAACAGCAUUGCGGCCCCUGAGAAGCCCUUUGUGCCAAGCCGCUACGCUGUGAUCGGCAGUCGACUGCUCCACACCAACCUGUCCAUGGUGCACUACCACGUCUUCUUCCAGAUGUGUAAAGCACAAGGCAUUGGCUUCGACAUCAAGGAAAGGCAAGGCACCGUGUUUGCCCUCCAUGACAGCUCCGAAAGAUACAGUUUGGGGAUGGUAACAUUGUGUGAGGAUCUCCAGGAAUCUCUGAUGACCUUCGCUCGCAACCUGUCCACCAUUCAUCAGGAGAUAUCCGCCCCUAACAUGCAAGGUGUCUCCAAUUUUAAGGACUUCAUUAAGGAGAUUGAUAGUGUGUUGGGUCUUACCGAUCAAAACAAAACUCAAGAGAGCACAAAGGACUUGUCAGAGGCUGCACCUAAAUCUGACCAGGACUGAGGCACCCUUCCUGACCUAACAGGACUGAGGCAACACACAACUCCAGCUCUUCAUAUUUAAACUCUAUCCUAACCAUUCUUUUUUUAACAUUCAUGUUUGUGUCCUGUUUUUGUAAUUAUGUUGAGGGAAAUAAAUCAAAUAUGGACACUGAAAACAAAAAAAAAUAAUAAAGUAAAAUAGAAAACAAUA